AUGACCAUCACCAUCCACCUCGUCCGCCACGCCCAGGGCUUCCACAACCUCACAGUAAUCAACCAGCAGAUCCCAGACCCCUACCUGACGCCCACGGGGAUCGAGCAGUGCGCCGCCCUGCGCGCGAGCUUCCCGCACCACGGCCGCAUCACGCACCUGGUGGCGUCGCCGAUGCGGCGCACGCUGCAGACGUGCGAGCAGUCGUUCCGGCCCGCCGUCGACGCCGGCCGCAGGGUCAUCGCGCAGCCGCUCGUGCAGGAGGUGUCGACGCUCCCCUGCGACACGGGCUCCGAGCCCGAGGUGCUGGCCGCCGAGUUCGGCGCCUGGGCCGACCUGACCAUCGUCGAGAAGGGCUGGAACAACAAGGCCGGCGAGGGCUCGCCGUGGGCCCCGCGCGUCGACGCCCUCGAGGAGCGCGCGCGGGGCGCCCGCGCCUGGCUCAGGGAGCUGGGCCGCCGGUGGAAGGCCGAGGGCAAGGGCGACAGCGCCGAUAUCGUGGUUACGACCCACGGUGGCUUCUUGCACUUCCUGACGCAGGAUUGGGACGGGAUGGAUCUUACGAGAGGCACCGGAUGGGACAAUACCGAGUACAGGAGCUACGAGUUCGACGACCCAGAGGGCGACGACUCGGAGGCCAGGCUCCACGAGACCAAGCCCAGCUGGCGGAGGAGACGCGGCAGCGCCAUCGGGCUGACCAGCACCGAGCAGCAGCAGAUGCGGGCGGUGGUGAUCGAGGCCUACAAGAAGGAGUUUGAGAAUGUGAACGGGACUGCCGCUAAGUAA